ACGGUUAGGGUUUAUACAAGGUACCUUUGCGUCUUCCCGUCGCCGCUCGUUGCAGAGAGAGAGAGAUAGAGAGAGAGAGAGAGAGAGGAGAUGGCAGAUUCGAAGGCGGUCACCAUUCGCACUCGCAAGUUCAUGACCAAUCGCCUUCUUUCCAGGAAGCAAUUCGUCAUCGAUGUUCUUCACCCUGGGAGAGCCAACGUCUCCAAGGCGGAAUUGAAAGAUAAGUUAGCGAACCUUUAUGAAGUGAAGGAUCCUAAUACAAUCUUUGUGUUCAAAUUCCGGACCCACUUUGGAGGUGGCAAAUCGACGGGAUUCGGUUUGAUCUAUGACACCUUAGAGAAUGCAAAGAAGUAUGAGCCCAAGUAUCGGCUUAUUAGGAAUGGCCUUGCAACUAAGGUAGAAAAAUCCAGGAAGCAGAUGAAGGAAAGGAAAAACAGGACAAAGAAGAUCCGCGGCGUUAAGAAGACAAAGGCAGGAGAUGCUGCUAAGGCAGGAAAGAAGAAAUGAGCAAUCAUCGUCUUCCUUAUCAAUAGUUUGUGUUUUUUUUCUUGUUUUUGCUGGUUUACCUCAGAAUCAUGAUUUUGUACUUAAAUUUAGCUUUUGAUCACCUGUGAUAUUAUUCUCAACUGCCUGGUUUCAUCAUUUUGCUCA